AUGGAGACAUCACAGUCUGCCUCGUCUAGUGGUGAUGGGAGCCACACCCUGCUUCCUGAGUCGCUACAAGAUGCUCGCAUCGCCUCUUUACCCCAGACCGCGUAUUAUAUACCCAACUUUAUCUCCGAAGAAGAAGAGCAAAUGAUGCUGGAUAAAAUAUCCAGCGCUCCUAAGCCGAAAUGGAAACAGCUGACAAAGCGACGUCUUCAAACAUGGCCUUCAGACCUUGUCAACAACAAAUUACUUGAUGCGCCUCUUCCCGUAUGGCUUCAGGAUCCCGUCAUAUCGCGUCUGUUGUCACUUCGUACCAAAGAUUCGGAACCAGGCCAUGUCUUUUCUGAGAGCCCACACCACAAACCAAACCACGUUCUAAUCAACGAAUAUCCACCUGGCAUUGGUAUCAUGCCGCAUAAGUUGAGUAAACAUCAAGAUGGUGCCACGUAUUGGCCCGUAGUGUGCACAGUGAGCCUUGGUGCCAGCUUGUGUCUGAACCUGCAUCGCAGCAAGGACGACGGCGCCCUUGACCAUGUGCCUGCUUGGAGAAUUCUUCAGGAGCCUCGUAGCUUGCUCAUCACUGCUGAUCAGCUGUACACCGACUAUCUACACGGUAUUUCCGAUACCGAAGAGGAUGUCGACCUUGGUGCGAAUACUGUUGCGAACUGGGAUCUCCUUGUCUGA